GGAAGCGACCCAGGGGAGGCAGCAGCCGCGGGGCGGGAAGUCGCUGCCCGGGCGGAGGAAGCGGCCGGGGCCGGAGCCGAGCCCGGCGAUGGCUGCAGCGGGGCCGGCGCAGCUCCAGGUGGCGUUUGAGGACGUCGCUCUGUAUUUCACCCGGGAGGAGUGGGAGCUCCUAUCCCAGCCACAGAAGCAGCUGUACCGGGACCAGAUGCUGAGGAAUUACCGGGUCCUUGUUUCCUUGGGCUAUUCAGGUUCUACACCGGACUUAAUCCACCGGAUCGAGGUAGGGCAGGCAGAGCUCUGGAUCCAGGAUGCCAAGGACUCCAGAGAAACCUCACGGCCUGCGAGCCCCUCCUCAGCAGGGCUCGGGAUCCUGAGGGGAACGUGGACACAGACUCAAUGUGGGGAAAGUGUGGCAGGGAGUCAAGAUUCCACAUCCCACAUAGGGAUCCAUGCACCGGACGCAGUCCAUCCCCAGGGUAAAUUCAGCCAGAGACUAGACCUUGCUACACACCAGAGACUCCCCAUGGGCCAGAGUCCCCACCGCUGCAUCGACUGCGGCAAGAGCUUCAGCAGCCCGUCCGCGCUGACCCAGCACCAGUGCAAGCACACUGGGGCGUGGCUGCACUGCUGCUCUGACUGUGGCAAGGCCUUUGCACGGAGGUCACACCUGAGAAGACACCAGCGCAUGCACACCGGGGAGCGGCCACAUCGCUGUGCUGACUGCGGCAAGGGCUUUGCAGAGAGCUCAGGUCUGAGAAUACACCAGCGCAUGCACUCUGGGGAGCGGCCGUACCACUGUGCCCACUGUGGUAAGGGAUUCUGCAGUUCGUCCACACUGACCCAGCACCAGCGCAUGCACACCGGGGAGCGGCCGCAUUCCUGUGCUGACUGUGACAAGAGCUUUGCAUGGCGCUCACACCUGAAAAGACACCAGCUCAUGCACACUGGGGAGCGGCCGCAUCACUGUGCUGACUGCGGCAAGGGCUUUGCAGAUAGCUCAACGCUGAGAAUACAUCAGCGCACACACACUGGGGAGCGGCCGUACCACUGUGCCGACUGCAAUAAGGGCUUUGCAGUGAGCUCAAGCCUGAGGAAACACCAGCGCACGCACACUGGGGAGUGGCCACACCGUUGUGCCCACUGUGGUAAGGGAUUCCCCUGUACCACUACACUGACACUGCACCAGCGCACACACACUGGGGAGCGGCCACACCAUUGUGCCCACUGUGGUAAGGGAUUCCGCUGUGCCUCCACACUGACACUGCACCAGCGCAUACACACUGGGGAGCGGCCGUACUGCUGUGCUGACUGCGGGAAAGGCUUUGCAGGGCGCUCACAGCUGAGAAUACACGAGCGCACACACACUGGGGAGCGGCCAUAUCGCUGUGCUGACUGUGGCAAGGGCUUUGCGGAGGGGUCAAACCUGAGAUCACACCAACGCACGCAUACUGAGGAGCGGCCACACCGUUGUGCCCACUGUGGUAAGGGAUUCCGCUGUGCCUCCACACUGACACUGCACCAGCGCAUACACACUGGGGAGCGGCCGUACUGCUGUGCCGACUGUGGGAAAGGCUUUGCAGGGCGCUCACAGCUGAGAAUACACCAGCGAGCACACACUGGAGAGCGGCCAUAUCGCUGUGCUGACUGCGGCAAGGGCUUUGCAGAGAAGUCAACCCUGAGAUCACACCAACGCACGCACACUGGGGAGCGACCGUAUCACUGUACUGACUGUGGCAAGGACUUUGCACAGAGCUCAACCCUGAGAAAACACCAGCGCAGGCACCAGGGAGCAGCUGCACCACUGUGAUGAUUCUGGUAAGAAGGUCAAAAAAAACCAGUCCACCCACCAAGCACCAGUGCACGCACACUGGGGGGAGGACAUUCUGAUGCGCUGGCUGCAGCAAGAGCUUUGCACAGGCCGCCUCCUUGCUACCACAUUGGUUCAUUCACAGCUGAGAGCAGCAGUACAGCUGUGCUCACUGGGGCAAGCACUUUGCUAGAUGGGCCAACCUCAUCCAGCACCCGGUUACGCAUACGAAUGCUGCUCUGCCACCGCCAGGGCCUGAGAGGCUUCUGGCAGCUAGUGCAGACCAGGGAGUGGUCCUGUCCCAGUGAUGCCCAACAGAGAGACACGGGGGAACAUGGAAGGGGACUUGGCUGACCAAGUGUGGGAAAGAGCAGACAGGUGGAGGGAAUUUAGAGCAGAUGGUCACAGCCUACUGCAUUAGUGCCUCAACACUUGGGGUAGGCGGGUGGUUUGAUUUGGUUGUACUUGAAAUGUAUUAUUCUAUUGAAAUACUUAAAGAUGGGGGCCAGCUGUACACCUCAAAGUGCUUUACAAAGCCACUUAGUGCCUCAAUCCCCAUUUUACAGAUGGGAAAACCAAGGCACAGAGAGCCUCACCCAAGGUGAGUCAACAGGCCAGUGGCAGAGCUGGGAAUGGAACUCGGGUCUCCUAGAUCCCAGCCCAUAGCUCAGCCCACUGAACCACACUGCCUUUAAAAACAGCUCUUCAGUGUGUAAUGUCUUGCCGUGCCUUUAAAUGAAAACACCGGGCUUCACACACCCCUUUGUACAGCAUGAAAGAGUAACGUCCCCCACAGCCCUCCAGAUGUCACUGCCAAACUGGGCAAGGGGAGAUCUGACCAGCCAGGAACCCACCAGCUUUUAAUGAGAUGAAAGGAGGGGCCUGUUCCGCAGGACGUACUAUUGUAUGACUGGUAGGGUUGCCACCUGUCCAGGUUUUGGCUUUGGUGUCCAGGUGCCAUUUAGGGUUUCUGGGUGUCUGGUUUUUGGGAUCUGGCAACUCUAAAUGGUGCCCGAACCAAAAGUCCGGUUCCAGGGUGGAGGAGGCAGCAGCGCUGAGCAAAGAUGAAGGGGCUGAGGCAGGCGUACCAGAAGGCAAGGGAGGGAAACCCUCACUCUGGUCCUGCGCUGAGGACCUACCACUUCUAUAAGGAGCUGGACGCCACCCUUGGUGGUGACCCCACCUCCACUGCCAAGAGCCCUGUGGAUACUUCGGUGGGGCUGCAGGCGGUGGAUAGGGGCCUCAAGCCCGAACCAAGUCGUGGACAAAGAGGUGAAGUUGGAGAACGUUGUGGAGUCCGGUGGCACGGCGAGUCAGGCGUUCUCCUCUCCGGAGGGGUCUAGCCGGGCUCAGCAGUCUGUGACCCACAUGACAUGGGAGAGGAGAACCAUAGUAAAUGUUUAUAUUGGAGUUCCUGCUGCUCAGUUAUAUGAGCUAGAACUGUUCUUUCCUAUGUAUAUUGUGGAAGUGGGUGAAGGGUUAGAGAAAUUAAAAAUAGAUUAAAAACAAACAAACCCCAAAGCAUGCACACACAGCCCCAGUCCCAAACCCCUCCCAGCCCUACUUCCCAAAAUGAAUAAGCAUUCAUUCGAGCCAACUUAUAAACCACCAUAAGCAAACAUUCAAACUAGCUUUAUAGAUGUCACCCACUCACAUACACAUUCAUACUUGUUUUUCAGCAUUAUUUCAUACAGAGUAUGCACACAGCCUAGCUUAAAAGAAAUCUAACAGUGCUCAAUACACCCCAUGUAGAUAAAAUGUAGGGCUAGUUUAAACUAUUUUGUGUUAGGGUUAAUUGCACUUUUUACCAGAGCUAUAAAUGUUGUUUUCUGACCUCUCUACACACAUACAGACACGUAACACUAACAUCCACCCUUCCCUCCUCUUUCUCAAAACAAUUAAGCAUUCACUCAAACCAAACUGCAUAUUAUUGUAUAGAUAAACUACUUUAAGCAUACAUUCAAGUUAGUUUUAUUGACAGUUAAGUCUCACGGAACAUCAUACUUGUUUUCGGCAGUAUUUUAUACAAAACACAUACACACAGCCUAAUGUCAGUUAAAUCUAACAAUACACCCAUGUAGGAGACAAAAUGCAGACCUGGAUAUUGACUUAUUUGGCACAUUUAGCAAAAUAUUAAAAAAGAAAUAAGAAAAUCAUGAAACACUUAGGCCUGGCAGAAGCUAUAACAAGCCCUAGAAGCAUCUGCAUUUUGCCUCUUUCCUGCACCGAUAUCUGGACUACAGACUUAUAAUAAAAGGAGCUUUCUAACUAAUGGACUCGGGACCUUCCAUUCUUUUGGAUGCCAUCAGAGACUUAACAAGCCAGCAGUUUAUUCCAUCACUGCUUCAAACCGGCCACAAGAACUUUGCAAUGUGUGUAUGUGUUUGAUCCUGUUAACCGUUCCGUUAACCUCUUUCUUUUCGCUUAUACCUAAACCUUUAGAUAUUAGAUACCAAAGGAUUGGCAACGGCGAUUAUUGGGCAAGAUCUGAGCUAUAUAUUAACCUGGGUAUGGGGCGGGUCCUUUGGGAUCAGAAGAACUCUUUGAUUAAAUUGGUUGUAAAUAACCAUUCAUCAUUAAGUCUAGUGUCUGGGUGGUGAAACAAGGACUGGGAUACCUAAGUUAGCCACUGUGGUGAGACAAAUGUUUCCUGGUCUGGUCUAUCUUGUGGAGGAAUAACCACCGGGUUUGGCGUGUCUGCACCUAUUUCUCAGCAGUUUGUCCUGAAUCUGGUAUUCUUGGUGUGACCCUCUGAAGCACAGUGACACUAGCGCAGGGUGAUUAUCCCCACAUCCACGACUGCGGGAUUCUUACACCUGCCUCUGCAGCCUCUGGUGCUGGAAACAGGACACUGGAGUGGACACACCUCUGCUCUGAUCCAGUCUGGCAAUUCUCUAUGACCUAAGUGAUUUGCCCAAGGUCACAGAGGGCGCAAGUGGCAGAGCUAAGAAUAGACACCAGGAAUCCUGUAGCCUAGCCCAGCCCAGCCCUGUAGCCACCAGCCCAGCCUCGCUCCCUCAUUCAAGGCUCCCAAUGCCCCUUGCCAUGGCCCAGAGAAUGAGCCCCUCUGCCCCGUGAGCUGGGGCUGCUGGGACCUGGCUCCAUACCCCUCCCUUGAUGGCUGCCUCAAUGGAUGCUUUGGGCAUGCUCUUGCUCCUUUGCCAGGUUGGUGUUCAGGAUCAGGGUUGGGUCUGCAGGAAGUCACAAGGGAGACGUGGCUGGGAUCCCAUUCCAGGGCAGUCCAGGCUCCCAGCCCCCACUCCUUUACCCCACCUGCCUCCACUCCUCUCCAGGAGCCAGGGAUAGAACCCAGGUGUCCUGACUCUGACUAUCCCUCCCUGCUCCGCACCACCUGU